AUAACCUGUAACAAACUCUUUCAAAUAUUCCCUUCAGGUCUUUGGGAAGGUCCUAAUGGUGAAUAAAGCAUCAGGGAGUUUAUUGUAUGGUCCCCUUAUAUAUUUUUACCUAGUUAUUAUAUAAAGAGGGUGACAUGGUGGUAUGUGCUGGCUGAGGCCUCUUCAAGCUCUCUUGCUCGGCAUCAAUUUGGAUGGCAUCUGUCCCCCAGUUAUGUGGCAGUAAUAGGUCAUUUCUACAGAAAACCGUUUCCUAAGAAAUGUGUGGAGUUUUAUAUACAGUAAUGGUGAAAUAAGUCACAAUAACACUGGGGUUUUCCACAUUAGAAGCAUACAGUGCUACUAAAAGAAUAUACACUGGAUAUGCUCAUAGGCUCUACAGGAAAAAAAUAAACCUUUUUUAUUGUUUGCACAUUGUUGAGAUGAUGGUAUCUUAAAAUCUCUCCCAGCUGUUAAAAUCUGUUAAGAGCUGUUUAAUGACUCUAUGGCCUUAACUAGCAAGGAAAUUCUAAAUUACACGCAACGUGAGGAAUGUAUAAAUAUGCAUCAUUGAACAUAAUGGACAAUAUUGAACACAUCAGUCUCUAACCAAUCACAGUACAGGUGUUUCUGUAUAAAUUGGCCACAGGUUGUUUCCUUUCCCCAUCUCGCAGCUUGUCAGUGGUCCAGACAAACCCGCCCUGCUGUGUAGCCACUGUUUCUGACCAAUAUGAAGGUUUCACCUUUGUGCCUGGUGCUGCUCACUGUGCUAAUAGUGGCUGCAGAAGUAAGGAGCGACAAUCAGUUUGUCAAGCUCUGCGGCAGAGAAUUCAUUAGGGCAGUUAUCUACACAUGCGGAGGCUCCAGAUGGAGAAGACUUCUGCCUGAGUUACCCCAAGACACUGCUGACAUGGACAGUUACUUGUCUUGGCAUAAUGGUGAGAUGGAACUAACACCUUUGGAGUACCGUCUACAAAAAGCCAGCUCCCAAGAAGAUGAGGUUUUUCAGAAGACAGAAUCACUGGGAGAACUGUGGGAUACAGAGAGAAAAUCUGUUCAAGAGAGAAGGGACUUGAACGAGCUGUUAACAACAGCCUGCUGUAAAAAUGGCUGCAAGAAAAAAGACUUAAGCUCUUUAUGCUAAAUAGGCUUUAACCAAUCACAGUCCUAGUUCCAAUCAUAUGGUCUGUGUUUCCUCUCAUGUAGCAUGGCAGCUUCUAUUUCCAGGAAAGCUGAAGUAAGACUCUCUUGCUAACGUCAACCUCCCAGCAUACUCCUCCAGAAAAAGUUGGGACCAUUGUACCCCUACCCUCCCUUACCAAAAUGUUUCAUGCACAUUUGCAGAAAGAUUUGCCUUUUAUUGUUAGCAUAAAGUCUAGUAAAAUACUAAAUAGUAAAAGUGAAAGUUUGCAUUUUAUUUCCAAAUCAGUUUAAACCUGUAUAUGUUAUAAUAAAAAGUAUUAGUAGUGAA